AGCUCCAUCAAGUAGGAGAAGUUGUAUGGCCCUCUGGAAUUAUGCUCAAGCUCUAUAAAGACGGGUAACGAUGCUGCUCUUCUCCGUGUGCAGUUCUGUUGGAAGGCAGAGCAUGGCGGGGCGCUCGCUCUUUUGGGCGUGUGUCUUCUUGUUACGGCUAUCGUCUUCUAUCCCUCUCUGUUCUAGGCGGGCGGACCGCUCAAGCGUGCACACGGGGCACGCUUGGGGGUAACGUAGCCAGUAUGCAGACCAAGGGCGUGACUAUGUCUGUUUUAGGGCUGCACGGUCCCCCCCUGUGGGUGGCCUUGUGGUGGCGUUCGCGCGCUCUUUUCCGCGCUGAUUUUCGCGGUUCUUAGUGGCCGAAGGCGUGGAAACUGAGCGCGGGCGUCCCCUUGCGCCUCUCUGCAUGUUCCUCAGGGGCCUCCUGGCCUCUGCUGACCCUCGCAGGCUGAGGCUCUCUUGGGUAAAAGGCUGCCGAAGGCGGCCACGGUCUCAAGAGCAAGGAAGCCGAUGACCAAGGGCCCGGAGGGCACAGGCCACACGGCUCAGGGGGUCCAGCCCCUCGCCCUCGGCGGCCUUCUACGCCUGGCGCACUGCGGCGGCGGCGAAGCGUAUUGAAUAGGAGGCAGUUAGGGCACAGGCAGGCAGCUGGAAGGGGGUGGGGGCGGUCCCUUGGGCCCCUUUUGGAGCCUUCCACUUUCAUCGGAGGCCUGUGGGGUAUAGGUAGGAAGCUGGAAGGGGGCGGAGAAGGUCCCCUGGGCCCCUUUUGAGGCCUUCCACCCCCGGCAGACGCCCUCAUGAGGGGCCUGGGGCUGCACAGUGCCCCCCCUGCGCCAGGGGGAGGGCGCCGUAGCCCUGAGCCCUGGGCCAUGUAUGCUUCUUGCAUUCUCAACCGUACACUUGAGGAAUGUGUGACGAAGUACACGCUUGAGGGGAGUGCCAUUAUCGUAGUACACCAACGCAUGGCGUAAUACGCUUGAGGGCGGGAGUGAUGGUAUUUAAGUUUAACAAACAGUUGUCAACUACGCAGGUAGCACAACUAGAGCUAGAGAAGGGAUGAAUUUGAGGUAGCAGCUCUAACUUUGGCCGUAUGUGGGCUGAGGAUGUGGCUGAGGAGGAUUCGCUUCUGUGAUCCGUCUGGUAUUCUGGUUGAAGGUAUCUUCUGCGGCUGGGAGGACGAACAACAGCAAGAGGGCGGAGACAUCUUCGUUAUGGAUCAGUGCUUUCAGAGGAUAUAGAAGUUGAGCGUAAUUCUGUUUAAUAAAAUUCAUACAACACUGCUCAACUUCUAUAUCUAUACAACUUUUACUCUUACAUAAAUAGCAGUUACGUACACAAUCAUCUUCGAAGUAGGUCUUGUGACUUUCUAGUACUCAGGAGGACAACAACAAGGUUAUACGAUGAUGUACUAGGCAGUGAGAAGUCGCAACAGCAGGAGAAGACUCUCGGAGGAAAUUCAACGGCAUCAUGAGCUACUUUUCCAAAAAUUAUUGGACGACUUCUACGAGAACUAGUAGAGUUGGGGCAGUUCCAAAACUCUUCUCUCGCUCUUCUGAUACAAGAAGAGAGACGAAAACAAGAAGAACAAAAGACCUCGUCAGACCAGCCUUCGUUGAGAUGAAGUAGAUUAUAGUCUCUGAGACGAUAACACGAUACUAGUCUGUGAGAGGGUCAUCAUCAUGCUGGCUAUCAUAUUCCUAGCGCACAAGCAUAGGACACCCACCCCAUUGCUGCUGAUAAUUUUUCUCUCCUCCUAUGAAUGAAUAGUUUUCCUCUCCUCCUGGUCACUUCUAAUAUCGAUCUGACGCUGUCAGGUAGAAGAAAAAAUAUUUUCCCCACCAAGUCGAGGACCGCCCUGAGCAAUGAUACUAAGGCUACCUACUCCUCCGCCUCCUCCUCCUGAGCUACCUCCUCCACGACCGUCUUCAUCGAUCCCGGGCCCUUUUUCAACUCGUUGAAAAAUAAGCCUCGGAGAGAAUGAAGUCAGGGAUGCGAGGACUGCGGUGGCAGCUCUAAUAUACGAGCGACGAAGAUUUUGAUCGGUCGCAGUUAAGGCUUCCGCAAAUGAUCCAAAACCAUCUUCUUACAAUUAUUUCAAGAAGGCUGGGAAUGGUUUAGUUUCUUUAAUAUGAUGCUUUUGAACAAGCCUCUAGAAAAAGAAAACGCCGAAGAUUAUUGUAAGAAGAUCGAUGGACAAUUACAUGGAAGAUUUCUUCACUACUACUACUUCUUUCAUGGAAGGUCCUCUAAUGUAGUGAUGGGGCUGGAAUGGGAAAUAUCCUCUUUCGUCUGUCCCAGGGUGCGGUGCUGUCAAGCCGAUUGGGUGGUCAUGGACGUCUUUCCAUAGAAAUCGACUCAGAACACUCAUGUCGAGAUUGCCACUGCAGGCGGUUUUCUCUGUUGCAUGCGAUUACGCCAGAACAAGCCGCGCCUGAGGCAAACAGUGGUUGGCUAGUAAUAUCGCUGCUGCAGCGUCUAAUGCGUCUAAUUCAGGGGAAGCCUCGCUACCGCGAUGUCGUCUCGGCGUCCGAUGCACUGAACCAACAUACAGGACGAUGUAUGGCGCGAUAUUUUUUUGUAUGUAAGAAUAAUUCUCUUUCUUCACUUUCUUCAAGAAUAUCCAUAUUGCCUACUUGAAAGUCCUGAAAUAAGUGAAAGAGUUUCUGUUUUUUGAUGUGGUGUUCCUCUCAAAAUAAAAAGAACACCAAGCAGUCCGAGGAGUGAAAGCAUUCCCCUCGUCCCCUAUUGAGAUCCUUUAAUAAAGUUUUGAAUUCUCGUCUUCUCUGAGUAAGUAAGUAAAUGGCCAUGCUGAGUAUCUAUCGUGAGGAGGUAGAAAUACCAUGCUGAGUAUCGUGAGCAAGAUUAGUGUAGUUGAGGAGUAGUGAAACAGCUCGCAUCUUCGAUUUUUUCUAAGUCUACUGCAAGAAAUGUCGGCGACUUCAGAAUUGACCGGUACGAACAGCAGGCGAUCCACAAUAAGAGCGAUCAGGAUGCGGUUUGCAGACUCCUAAAGCCUACCCGUCUACUGGAAUCGCGCGCGCGCAGUUUUUGGCAGGCCAUGCAUGUUUCUCAGAUUGUAGCGAUAACAUCAAGAAGAUCAACGAGAUCAAGCUGGGGUAGCGAUUACAAAACGGAGAAGAGCCCUUCGGACGAGUCUUUACAUCAAGAAGAUACUUCCGACGAGCAUUUAUGGCAUUCUUGGCAAUUCGUAGCACGUCUAAUCCGCUCUUGCUUUCAUAACCUGGCAAAACUCUUUUCGCUCUUCUUUAAAACGACGUGUUUUGCCAAAACACGUCGUUUUAAACAAGAGGACAUCGCCAAUCUUCCUUGAGAUCGAAAGCAGGUUACUUACAACCCGGUUUGGAUACCAGUGCUUGUUAUUCUCUAUCAAAGUGAUCGAGAAUACCAGUACCAAAAUGACAGUACUGGGAGACAAUCCCAAGUGUUUAGGUGAGAGGAGACAUGUCCAAGGGGAUUCACAACUACAGUAGAGCACCUCCUACAGUACCAAAGCUCCCUCUAAAAGAACUUCUACUUGCAGGCGACGAGCAGCGAUCUUCCCUGUCCCACAGUGUUGCGAUCCAUGUGCGCCGUGGGGACUAUCGCAAGUCAAACAGUUGGCACGUUGUUCAGGGCAUUGACUACUACGUAAAUUAAGGCCUUCAACAAGGGCCAACUCCUAUGAAUCAACAAGAUUGAAGAUAGGCCUCCGCAACUUCUAUGCAAUAACGUCUCUUGGGCGGUUUUUAAUUUUAUGUUAAACUGCAACAGGGACACACACAUGACAAGAUUGAAGAUUUGGAUGUUAAAGCAGCAACAUCAGUCGUGUAACUGCAAGUGCUUUCAGUUGUUGAAUAAAUAAAACAUGAGUAGUAAAAGUAAGUAAACUAGUACGCUCUCAUUUAAAGACGUAAAAGUAAAUGCUCUCACGCCCUUGACAAAGCAUAAUUAUCAAAGUUGUGGCGUGAGUGUUAUUUCUUGUGACGACUCAAGACUGCUCUAAGGCUGCCAAGGCCGCGAACGAUAAGGGUAAGUCUUCUCAGAAUUUCCGUGCCACGUAGUUAUUUUGUAUGUUGGUGAUCGUUCGACGCCGGCUUCAUCCAUCUCCCUACCAGUCUUCUCUGUUCAAGCUGUGUGCCCUGUGUGUUCAUUUCCAGUGUGCAAACUACUGUCCUCCUAGUAAAUCGGAGAAAAUAACGAACUAACAUCAUCUUACAUAAAUGCAGGGGCAUACUUGUACUUCAAGUUCAGUAAUAAAUCAUCUUUUACUUCUUCGCUACUGCUACAGCAUACUUGGUCCGACCAUCCUCUUACUUUAGCUGCGUGGUGGUACUUUCGCACUUCUUAAUCUUACUUGAGGUCUAAGUAGAGGCCCUCCGACUUCUUCGACACGGACUAGUAGAACGCGGCGAAUGCAAAUCUGGGCUCCAUCGAUGUGCUUUGAGUAUCUGGUUCUUUUUACGGCUGCAAUAAAAAGACUCAACAUCUACAUUUUCUACUUCUUGCUUGAGCUAUAAUAUGUUGAAGAUCGUUCUCGUUGAAGAUUGUCCCGUUUUCUAGCCAGUCAGGCUUUGUAGCAACAUGAUGUUGCUCGGCACUCACUCGAAGCCUCGGAGUGAGCAAGUAACAAGUACAAAGACCGAGUAUGUGCGAUCGCUAUCGCGGCUACUCUGUUCCUCUAGUUCAUUGAAUACUUCAAGCGCAUCAAAGGGAGGUUAGCAGGCGCAUUAAUGAACGAGCACGAAACAAAGAUGCAGCUGACGCUCCUGCACAGAUCUUUGUGCGAGGUUUGAUGCUUUGAAUUGCGCUCUUCCGCAUUGUAAGAUUGUACUCCUGUAGAAGAUGGGCUUGCGACAAGAUUUCUAAUUUUUUCGGACGAGCCGGAUUGGGUGCAUCAAAAAAUGCUGCAGAACAGGGACAUGCAGGCGGCGUUGCUUGGAGAUCUUGACCAGAUAUAUGUUAAGACGCAUUUUUUCGCUUGGAGAAGUGUACUGAUUCGGGUCUUCUUCGGUAUCAAUCAUGCCAAGCGAGCGAUGUUGCUUCAGGAUCUCGUUGGUAGUAUAGUUGUAUACUCGUAUCACUGAGUAAGAAUUUUUAUAGAGUACGGCUAUGUUGUUGGUCCUAGUGGCCGUAGUAGUUGUCCAUCAUCCUCGUCUAUAGUGUAUGUAGUAGGAGUAGUCGUACUCGUCGUAGGCGUAGAGGUAGGCCUACGGGAGAACAUCAAUACGAAAGGGCCCACUUUAUCGAGAGGACCCACCAGAAGGGAAAUAAGCUCAGGGAGGUUGUGGGUGCAGUUUUUUCUCUUUAGAGAGCAUCCCGGACCAAAUGCGAGGUCGCUGCUCUGCUCUAACUAUGUGGUCCCGUCGAUUGUGCCAAGCAAGAUAUUUAUGAAUGCGUGUUUUCUAUUAUUUCUUGCAGCUAUCAAGUGCAGACCAUGAUUUAGCAGGUUGCUGCAAGUGACGUAUCUUCUAGUAUAAUAAGUUUUUAGUAUAAUAAGUUAAAGGGGCCCUCGGGGGCUUGGGCGAUGCUCUGCUGCGUAGAUGGAAAGGAAUCAAAGUCAAGAAAGAUUCAUAACGCUUCGGGGCCCAGGACAAGGAGCGCCGCCCGUGAAUGAUGCACGCCAUGAUGUCCAUUCGUCGACAGCGCUGUUGCUAUUCUCGCUUAUUCGGCACCACAUUCUGGCGAACUCGUCUUUUAGCUGGUGGGGAGCUUUUUUGCGGAUGUGUCGGGAGGAGAGCCCUCAUUGGCAAAACCUGCUGGAUUGGCAAAAAUCUGUGGCGACGCCAACUUCUACGACGAAACUGCAGCCACAGGAUGCUAUCGACAAAGACUUUCGGGAGAUUCUUUCAAGAUGGGGACAGAGUUUUUUAAGGGUUGCCGCCAUUCAUCUUACGAGGCAUUUUGGUAGAAAGGUGCCCAAGUAAAAGGGGGGAGCGCGCCUAAGAUGACUCGCAGCAUGAAUAUCGGUAAGGUCUAACUUUUGCGCCCUUUUUUUUUCGCACUCUGGCAGAGUACAUAUGACGCAAAAAAGUGCACUCAUGUAGCUAGGCUCUCACUUUAAAGGAAGCGCCUAGCCAGUUUUUUGAUUGCUGUGAGUGCACUUCUCGCCCUCAUAGUACAAGGAGCAGUCUCACUUUCUAGUAGCCGAGGCCGCCGCUGAAGGACUGAAGAGAGCGGCAGCGAGUUUCGCUUUACCCCGAAGUUCGGACGAGACCACAGAAGCUACAGGCACUUUACCUAACCCGAAGGGCAGUCGGAUCGUGAUCUUGCCGAGGACAUGGUUCGGAUCGGCAGCGAAAGGGCUCAAUAUUAAGGCUGCAAGAUUUAUAGUUGGAGACCCAUCCUGAUCCUUUUCUUUCCCAUAGUCAGAGCCUCUUUCGGUCCUCCCUGGCAACAGCAUUUAUUUUUAAGGGGACGGAGUAGAAAGCGGGUGGACGUGAAUCCAAUCCCAAAAUGUGCAACGAAAGAAAAACCAGUGCCAUGCAUCCGGUCUGCACUCCUCUGACAGCAUGAGUUACACCAUGCAAGGAGAUGGGUCGACUCUAUGAGGGUCUUGGCGCUAAUGAUAGUACUGAAUGGGUGUCUAAGAUUGCACCUAUGGGAGCGUUGUUCGUGAACAGUUCCUCCAGUAACAGGAACAGCUCCAGUAACGCCACCAAGCCCUCGGCCGAGUGGUCCUCCGAGUCCGACUACAGCCCGUUGACUCCUGUCAAGGACGGCCUAGGGGGCAUGUCUCUCGUUUGGGACAACCAGGAGCCGCGGAACAUGUUGAAAAAACACGCAUCCAAUUCCAAAGAGGAGGCGGAAAAGAUAAAAGAGAUACGGCUUACUAGAAUCUUAUAGAUACAGAGAAGCCAACAACUACAUCUUUUUAGAACGCGGAGAGGAAGUAGGAGACAGAGAGAGGCACUCCUAGAUUUUAUUUGCGCGCUUCAAUUGUCAUGUGUGUAGUGAGCAAAAACUUUCGCGUGAAGCUCAUUCACUCGCCGCGUCCUUGUAACUUUAUGGACGGUGGCCCUCACGAUCAUGGCUAAUGGCGCGAGCUCUAAUGCAGAAAGACUCUGCGAGCAAAGUGCGAAAAAAUGCGAUUACUAAUAAAACGCUUUGGAUUAUGAUUCAUGCUGCCUCGCGCAGCGCUCUGGCGUCUCAGAUGGAGUAUUUUUCUCAGACCAUGGAGCAAGGCGGACCAGCGGCCGAGAGUGGACCUUGCGAAAAUCGGGUUGAUCCUUCUUUUUUUCGCAUUAGUCUGGCUGGUGUGUUUUUCUUUUUGAAUCCGACUCACUGCCGCGACUGUGAAAGCCUCCUGGAGCUAUGGCAUUGCUGGGCAGCUUCUUUCCUCUAAUACUAAUUCACCACGAGCACGAGGGCCAUCUUUCAAAAGAAUCAAAAGGAUUAAUGCUUUUGAAGAAGGGAAAGCAAGGGAAGAAACCUACAAUGCCGAAGGGCUUCGUUUAUCAAGAUGGACCUCGGCGCAUAGGCUGUUCUACUUCUAAUGGAAGAGCACAACAAAAAGAGCAGUGCACGUUCUACUUUAUGGUCUGCUCCUCUUCAUCUCACUCAGCACGGUGGACGGCGCGGCCCUUUUGCGUUGUAUUCCCAUGAUGAAAUACAAGGCAAAAGGAGCCCAGCAGACGAGGGCGGGGCCGCGAUGACAGACUGAGAAGACAGAGGCGCCAGCUUUAACUGCUGGCGUGGUGUUUCCCUGGCACAGGUUUGGCACGGGCUACUCCGCACCAAUGCAAACCGCGAGAACGGGAGUAGACGGCGAUGUGCAGCGGGCGCAUGAAAUGCUCGCCGUCGCUCGACAGAAGCUUUCUCACUACGAUUGGCUCUUCAAGCUCGACAGUGACGCCUUUCUGUACACUGGUAACCUUUUGAGCCGAAUUUGUGAGCUGGAACGUAAUGCCUUUACCAGCAGCGCCAAGUUUUAUUAAGGCUACUCUUGUAGGACAACCCACUAACAACCACCAUAGGGAAAGAAAUCCAAAAAAUGACCUCGUGCCCCCGUCUCCAGCUGUCUACGCGACAGCUUCCACUGCAAGACUAUUAACUUGGCUCUCUUGUUAUAUUUUUUUGUCCAAAGAAGCUGAAGGACCUUGGUGUUCUUCGGUUCAAAACAUUAUUAAGGCUACUACUAACUUACCCCGCUUGUUCUAGAAGUGCUAGUUACUUUUUGUUAUACAUAGUUAGUUAGCUAGUUUGUUAGUUGUUCAUCUUCCCUGUCUCCUAGUUGUCAAGAAGAAGCCCCACUUUUCCCUGGCUCAGCUUAUUCAUCUUGCAAAUACGUAAGCGUUUGAGGCCAACCCAACCACUGAGCAAACUGGGCACAGCAGAAAAACUAAAAGACAUCUACAGUUUUAUCUAUCAGCGCCUUCACCUUAGAUAUCGCCAGCUGGUUCAGUGGUUUAGGCUGCAGUUGGUUCAGUGGCAGUUUUAGGCGUUUUUUCUGAGCUCUGCUUUAUUUCAUCUUGGAUCUAGACCACUCUAAUGUCGCGGGGGUUUUCUGAUGGAGGUUGUAGAGAGUUCCUCGUUUUGGAAAACGAGGGUUCUUUUUGCAUCUGGUGGCGGUGGGUAUUUGAUCUCUUCAGGGGCUUUAGCCGAGAGCACUUGGAGAGGGUCUGCGCGGUCUGGUGGGUUCGAGCGCUGUCUUUUGGACACUAAUCUUAAGAACUACGAUUAAGUAAGCUCUUUCAGAUUUUGGAGCUUUUUCAAUUUUAUCCACUCCAAUAAACACCCCCGAUGUGCCCCCGGCGUGUACACACGCCGGGGCAGGGCGGCAGGGUCUUGCAAAUUCUACGAGCUACGUCAUAGGCCUACGGCCUACCGGCGUGCUACGAAUUACGUGAAGAAAGAGCAGCGGGGCACGGCGUAGAUGAAUCAGCUACGUGCCAGAAGCUGCGACGUUUUACAUAAGCGGAAGCACUGCGCUACGCUUUAGCCUUCGGCUCGGUUUCAGUUCGCUGCCCAAAUUGAAAGGCCUUACCCUUUGAACCAGCUCGGGCCCCCUACUACUUAAAACAAGUAGCGCCACUCAAGGAGACUCUUGCCUUUCAUUUUUGAGCUGCUUGAAAGGUUAUACCCUUUGACGCGCUGGCUCGGGUCUCCUACCCAAAUGGCGCAGCUUUAUGCGGUUGCUGUCUGCUUUUGACCUGCUUGGAAGGUCUGACCUUUUGAGGAGCUGACCCAGGUCCCCCACCCAAAUGGCGCCGCUUUUUUUAUGAGAUUGCUGCCCACUUUUGGACCGCUUGGAUGGCCUUGUGCUUACCCUUUGGGGCUGUCCGGAUCUCUUACCCAAAUGGCGCAGCUUCGCGAAGUUGCUGCCUGCUUUUGAGCAGCUUGGGAGGCCUUGCCCUUUGGGCUGACCUGACUCCGGUCACCAAUCCAAAUGGGCCAACUUUCGGGGGAUGCUGCGUAUUUUUGAGCUGCUUGGGAGGCUUUGCCCUUUGGGCUGCCUCGGGUUUCUUAUCCAAAUGGCGCAGCGAGCUUUAUCGGGUCACCGUUUAGUAUUGGCGCCUCUCUUUGGAGGGUCUUGCCCUUUGAGCUGGCGCAGAUUUGGCUUAGAUCUCUUACCCAAGGGCGCAACUCUGUGGGAUUGCGGUCUACUCUUGACUUGCUUCGAAGGUCUUGCCCUUUGUCUGGCUGACUUAGGUCGCGCACCCAAAUGCCUGACGCAGCUCUCUGGGGUUGCUGGCUACUUUUGGCCUGCUAGCUUGGAAGGCUCUGGCGCACCUCUCUGGGGCUGCUGGCUACUUUUGGCCUGCUAGCUUGAAAGGCUCUGGCGCAACUCUCUGGGGCUGCUGGCUACUUUUGGCCUGUUAGCUUGAAAGGCUCUGCCCUUUGAGCUGGUUCGGGUCUCCGAUCCAAAUGGCGCAGCUUCAUGCGGCUGCAGCCUACGCCUGGCCCGUUUGGAAGGCCUUACCUUUUGAGCUGGAGCAGGUCCCUGAUCCAGAUGGCACAAGUGAAGCCGCGACGUGCUACACGCGGGUGCGCUCUACGUAUCUACACACUGGAAGCCUUAGCCCAAAAAGCUACGCCUAGUAGGGGCAAGCAAGUGCAGCGCAACGCGCUGGCUUAGCAAGCAAGCCACGCCUAGGUAGGUUAGCACGUACCUAACUGCUUGCGGCUCAUGCCUAACAAGCACGAGAGGGCGUGGCGCUUAAAGCGGCGCAGUUCAUAGCAGCACGGGUGGCGGCUGGCACGGUUGGCACGAGUGACACGGCUGGAACAACCCAACGAAGCCAAAAAGUGCCACGAAUGGCGCGGCUGGCGUUGGCACAAGCGGACAGGGAUAGGGAUGCGAAGGGCUUUCCACGGAGAGCCCCCCUGCCAUUUGGAAAAUGGUAAGGGAGCUAGCCAGAAACCAAGCCGGCUCGGCGGCUCUCUAAUGCGGAGCUUAGUGCGGCUGACCGCCGGAGGGCUGGCGUCUUUCUUGGAACUACCGCGCGGGCCACGCAAAUUCUGGCGGACUUGCAUGACCCCCGCGGAAUUCCACGAGAGUCAGGAGGACACGCCCGGGUGGUUUGCGCUCGUAAGUUUGUGCUAAAAUUCCUCUAAUUUUGCAGGCGUUCCGUAUGGUGUGAGUUUGGUCGGCUGCUUGUGGUGGUGAUAGUCUUUCUUGUGUGGUGGGCUUAGUCGUGUGAUGGUGGGGGGCAUGCGGGCUCUCUGUGGCCUUGCGGUGGUGUCGGUCGGGUGUCUCCUACUCAGGAGGCCUGGGCCGGCUUGGCGGCUGUCAGCUUGGCGCCGUGCUCGGGUGUGUUCGGGGGCUCUAAUUUUUUUGCUAAAAUUCGGGCGAGUCUGGGGCGCUAAAAAUUAUGCUAUUAAUUCUGCGCCUCUAAUUCGGCGGGAUUUCUUGCCGGGGUGUCGUGUUUUUUUACUCUAAAAAUCGUGCUCGUCUGUGGCCCUAACUGUUUUGGGGGGUCUCGAGACCCCUCUAAAAUUCUUCUAGUUCGUUACUCUAAUCUGGUAUGUUAAUUUUGCACCCUGAGGGUCUGCGCGUUUUUGUGCAUAUUCGGGGGUUGCAAAUUAGAGCGCCGGAGUAGAGUAACGAACUAGGCUAAUUUUAGAGGGGUUUCGAGGAACCCAAAAAAUCGAAUUAGAGUAACAGACUAGCAACUUUUUGAACGGGCUCCCCGCGGUGCAUUCCGCCGGCUUCUGCUAAAUUAGCAAACAUUUUAGCGCCCGGGUUGGAGUGGUCCUGGGUGGGGGGGAUAGAUGCGCGGGAGGGCCGCUUGCCGUGUAUGGUUCGCGCUGGUUGUGUUCUUUUAUUGGGUCGCCGGGUUUUGCAGGGUCUGCGCAGGGGUAGGGCUGUGGCGUCUGCACUUACGGGCAGCCCGUUGCUCGGCUCGUCGUGUUUUUGGAGGUGCGGCUGACGGGUAUUGCGUAGGGCUGGCCAGGGGGUGUCGUUAGCAGUGUCGCGGGUGCUUCUGAGGUGGUUGCGUCCGGGAAAAUUAGAAGAAUUCUGGCGACGUUUUAAAGGGUUGGGGUGGCUGGGGCUGUCCCCCUGACGAGAGGAAUGCUGCGACGAGGCGGGUGAUUUAGCGUGCGGCCUCCACCCUAGGGCGCUCAGCUGAUCCACCGCGCCGGCGCUGUGGGAGAGCGACGACGGAGACGGGCAGUGGCUUGGAUGGCGGGUCGGAUGCGUGCCAGCUUUGAAUCGCGGGUGGCAGAGGAGGGCUGGAGCAAAAGCAACGCGCCCGAAGGGCGCCGGGCUUGGGGAGGCUACUGAAGCGCAACGCCGUGGAGGGUGUGGCAGAUUGGUCGCAGGGCGCCCGAGAGAGUGGGUCUCCGAAAGUAUGUACGCAGCAUUCGGAGAGAGCGGCAACGCCGCGAAGGGCGCCCCGCUCGCGGAGGUCUGAUAGAAUCACGAAUGGCAUCAAUGGGGGAGCACAUUGAAGCCCCGGAUUGGAUGCCUGCCAUUUGUUCCAACCGUUCCACUCGUGCCAUGUCAACCGGCCUCCAGAAGCCUUAUAGGCUGUUCUGUUAUAGGGUCAGCGGGGCCCAGCAAGGAGGCCACGCUGAGCGAGCAUCCCGCGCAAGCGUGUGAUGUUUAGCACGCAAGCAGGCCACGCCUAGCGAGUGAGCCCCGCCGAGCAAACAAGCCGCGCCAAGAGAGCAAGACGCGCCGAGCACGCGGGCCAAGCUUAGCCGGCGCGCUAUGCUUAAGGCGUGAGCAAUGCUCAGCGCAAAUUUUGCGCUUUUGAAAAGCUCUGCCCAGCGUGCAAGCUGAGCGCCUAGGUAGAAAGGAAGCUAUAGCCAUUAGCGUGCAGGCCAUGCUAAGUGGGGAGCUUAUGCCGCUCAGCUGAACUAUGCUCAGCAAGCACGCCACCCCCUGCAAGCCUGCCACGCUUAACAAGCAACCUACGCCCAGCAAGCCAGCCACGCUGAGGAUGCGCGCUACGUUGAGCAGGUGAGCCAAGACUUGCCAGCAGGCUGUUCGCAGCAGGCAGCGCAGCUCAUGCUUAGCGAGCGGGCUAAUGAAGCUCAGCAAGUAAGAUGGGGCUAGGCUUAGCAAGCAAGCCAUGCCCAGCAAGCGACCAAGCUACGCCAAGCAGGCAAGCUGUGUGCAGCAGGCACCACCCAGCCCCAGCACCUACUUCCAAAAUGCUUAGCAGGAGCAGGAUCACGCAAAAGGUGCACGGAUAGGCGUGGCAUUUCUACGGCGUGAGAAGAUGCACACGGCUAGCCCGUGCACCUUUCUCAUGAUUUCCGUACAUCUCAAAAAUAGAAAACUUCGCAGACACGUCACGGACCGCCCCAGUGAAACUACAUCCUGAGCGUUCCCCUUUCGCGCAGGAUAAAUGUCUCGAGAUAUAUACCGCAGCCGUAUACAUCUAGCCUGUACAUCUUUGCCGUGAUUUCCGUACAUCUAAAACCCAGAGCCAGCCGGCGGCGGCUUUGCCAGGAGUUGCCUUAGCUACAAAGCUCGCAGAAUUCUCUUAAUGAAGUUAAAGCCCUCGGCCUGGGGUGGAAUUUGCGCAACUGUUUGCGGGAAAAUUUUAAAAGACUUCUAAAUAGAUUUUAGAGCAGCAGGCGGCCCGGUGGUCGCCGGCUGACCAGAGAGAAGUGCCCCUUUUUAGGUCUCGCGUUUAGUUUUGAUUUAUACCAAAGAUAGUUAUUUUUUGAAAUGCUCACUCUGCCGGGGCUUUCUUCUCUCUUCUGAGGCAUCCCGCAGGGGCUUCCCUUUUCUGGAGCAACAUGCUGAAGACGAGGCUUGCCUUUAUCUUCUGCGGCAUCCUCUUGCUGGGGCUUGCUUUCAGCGGGAAGACAUAGACAAGAGGCUCUCGGGGUGGAUCAUCGUCUCGGGAUGGGCUAACGUUAAGUAAGUGGCCCUUAGCGAAGUGUGUGAGCUCCAACAAUCGCCCUUACGAGGACGUUGCUAUCGGCGAGUGUUUCAGUCGGUUUGACGUCCCGGCGCAAAGGCUAGAGGGAUGCAACCCUGACACGCCUGAAAUGAUGCUGGCGUGGAGCCGGUUCCCGAAAAAAGUUGAGGGCCAUGUUGGGCCUUACAUGUCAUAUACCGAGGAACGGCCGCUAACAUUUCACUACAUCUCGCCGGAAAGGUUGCGCCUCAUGGGUGAGAGAUAUCUCAACGAGCAGAAAACCUUUUUUCCUGUGCAUGCUGAUCUGGUGCAGAGGGCGGGGCGAAAUUCAAACUCCUCCUCGUACGAAAGUAGCGGAAAGGGAGUAGGAGCUGUGAUGCCAACGACCCGCAGCGACCGCGCCAGCACCAUAAGAAGAGUGGGCGACGAACAAGGGGCACAAACAGUCACAAGUCCAAGUCUCACGCAUUCACGACCGAGGGCAGCACGCACCAGAAUACCUCGGAUAAUCCACCAGAUCUGGUGGGGAAAAAAAAACCCUCCGCCCAUGCGUUCUCUGCGGACUUGCUCUGAGGUGCAUUUAUGCCAAUGGGAAAGCGAAAAGACGACUUUGCUAAAAGUUGCAACUCCGCCGCCCCGAGGUUCAUCCACUACUGAAGGGGAUAGCCCCCCAACCCCAAGAGGCACAGCCACGGAGCCCGCAGGGGCGCAGCCUGGCGCUGGAUCCCGGUGAUUGCCUCCAGACUGGUUGGGCAGCAGGGUGCCGGGGCCGGGAGAUCCGCAGACGCCGUUAUGGCACCCUUCGGCGGCCAGCUCUUGGCCCUUUGCCAACGUGGGGGGGGGACUGUCAGGCCCGAGGGGUGUUCGCAUUUAUUCGGGCCGGGGCAUACGCUGCGCAGGUUGGUUGGCCCUCGUCUCCCGCUCUCCUUCGUGUGUGUCAUUGCAAGCCCUGCCCCUCUGCCGCCUUUCCUUGGUUGUGGCCGCUGGAGUCCUCCAGGGGGCGUGACGCUGUUCAUACAAAUUAGGGGGGCUCGGGCGUCUGCUUUUUCGCCAGGCUCGCUCCAGACGCUGCAGCCGUGGCGCUGCUCCUUCGUCUGGCUUCAUUCUCAGCGGCCGGACGGGGGAGUUGCAACUUCCUUGAGUCCGAAGUUAUCUCUUACGCCUUUUUUCAGAUUUUCCAGAGUUUGAGUAUUAUCUUUGGACGGAGGAAUCGGUGGCAAAGUACCUGAGAUACGAUUCAAAAUAUGCUACACUUAAGACUUCAGCCCUAGAUUUUGUGGUGGUGGAGGUAGUGCUCCGCACCCAGAUCUAUUAAUUGUUGUGGUGAAGCAUCCUGGGAGGGGCUCUCACUGUCAGUCUACUGUUCUUAAAUCAAAAAUGCCCCGCGGAUGGCUUUCCAUUUGCCAUGUUUCCACUGUGGAGAUCUAACGCCCCCGGAUCGUAUGCCAUUCAAAAGGGCUUCAUUCCCGGCACCUUGAACGAGGAUAUGGAGCCAAUUCACGUUGGGGACGUGCUCCGGUUCGAGGUGCUCUAUAGAUUCGGCGGGGUGGCUAUCGAUGCAGAUACCACCUGCUUGAGGAAUCUGGGACCAUUAUUGUCGCACCUGGAAGAGAGGGGGGUUGAAUACGCUGCCGCCAAUGAGACUGACAGCUUCCCGGAAUACGGAACCCUCGUUGCAGUGGGUGUCCAAGUUGCAGUGCAGUACAGCGACUUGCUCUUCUCGGCAUUGAGAGCAUUAAGCCGCCUGACUGUUCUGAAACCAGCCUGGGCCAAUACUGGGCCGUGCAUUGUUACCCAUGUCAUACUGCAGGACGGUUUCUGUCGAAAAAGCCCAAAUGUAUGUCACCACCUUUGCCAAUCUUGUUUGAGAACGAAAAUGUAUGAGGAACGAACCCUUUAAAGAGGCCGACAAGUUUUCUUUAAAGUAGAAGCGCGCGACGAGCAUCGGCAUUCGUUCUCGACGUUCUCAAUCAGUGGCAUCUUUCACCGCAGUCUGUUUGCUUCAAUCCCACCGACCAUGAAUUCCGGCCGGAGCGUUGUCGACCCAAGAAGACCGAGGUGCUUCCUAGCUAUCUCUUUUACCCGUACCAUCAUAGUACUGUGGAGCAGCAGUGUCUUUGUAAAAAAGACACAAGAAACAGCCUGAUGUUGCAGGACUGGUCAUCGUCGCGCGAAUCCUACUCAGAGAAUGGCUCCAGGGAGCUCCGGGGGCAGCAUGGCCAACAAAUGAGGCUCAGGGUGCCGACCAUACUUUCAGGCACGUGGAUGCUGCAGUGCCAACUUCCAUCUCCUUCAUUUUGGGAUCUCUUCCGCAGACGCACUGACUGCCGCCAAACUUUUCGGUGCCCUAGGGCUCCAACUGCUGCGUGGGGAUAUUACUAUGUGCCGACCCAAAAUGUCGCGAAUCUGCGUAAUUGCACACAACCUGUCGUGCAUGUGGUCACGGAAAAGCCCCAUGUGGCAGGGCGAUUAUUUGCAGUGCAUUGGUCAGCUCUUCAGGGAAGCCAAAGCGCGGAGCUGUACAAAAUAUCAUCAGGCCAGCAGGGCAAGCUCAUGCGCACAUUACCUUUUCGGAGCAAAGGCCUUCACUUUCUGGACCCUUACAGCUUUAGAAUCGAUAUUAGAAGUGAGCAAGCCAGGACGCACGGAUCGGGUGUCGACGCUAUCUUGAUCCGGAUAGGCUGCCAAACUGAGAACGAAGCGGCCCCUGCGCUUGUCGUGGGCUGGUCAUGCGGUUCGCAAGAUGCUGAUCUCUUGUAAGCUGUGAACAAAGUAGUACUGGGACUGUCCUCAGUCCGACGAUUUGCGUGCGCGUUCGCUUGGAAGCAACGUCCACCAGACCAGGCAUUGUGCCUUAUAUAUUUAUACAUAGCUUAGCUCUCUUUGACGUAUUUUGACAAGUAUCCACACAGCAAAUUACAAUUUGAUGAAUGCAUACAGCGGGGCAGCCAUCUUGGGGUGGCACGCCUACCAACAAAAAACAAGAGCUGUCCCUGUGCCUCGAAGAUAGUGACACUGAUGCCAGACGCAAUAGAAGAUAUUAUGAGGGGCCGCAUAUUACACAGCAAAAUAAUAGCAAUACGCAUUGCAGACGUAAGGCGAAGGGCCUUAAUGGCUACGAGCGCCAACUCUACGUAAGUGUGCUUUUUUGCGACGAGCAGGGAUUCUUGGAGCCGGU